AUGUCUGAUCCAUUUCAACCCCUGAAGCCUUCUCGUGAGAACAAUGGCGCGAGUUUUCAGCACUCUAUGCAGCCUCAUUUCGGCCUCCAGGGUCACGUUUUAAUUCCAAGCACCGCCGACAUUCCCGAAAUAGCACCACAUUACCGCAACCAGUAUAUGCCCGAGACAUUCUCCAAUUCAAAUACCAACGAUUUCAAUGAAAUGUUGACAGAGGAAAUACAGCAACAAAAAGGGAUGGAGAGACAAGAUCAUAAAGUCAAGCUCGGUUAUAGACGUGCUGGCGUGGCCUGUGAUCACUGCCGGCGUCGGAAAAUACGAUGUAUCUGGUCAGAGUCAGAUAGGCAAGGUGUUUGCGUGAAUUGCACUCGCAGCAAGAGGCACUGCGAAUUUUCUGUGAAACAACAAACAAGGGAUAAUAAAUCACUUCCGAAUCAGUUCUUACAAACUUCAAUGAGAGACUAUGAGAGCCUGACAAACGGUGUCUUAACGGCGAGUUCUCUGCCAACAUCACUCUGGGGGCCAGCGGGAAAUUCAGCUACGGGCACUUCAGAUGCAAGAGGACUUAAGGAGGAAUAUUGCGUUCCUGGCUAUGGCCCAGAGGACUUUACCGAAUGGACAUCUAGGGAGGCUAGCCUGAGUCCAUACUCGCAAGCGGGACAAUCUGCUAGUAGCUGGCAGCUGUCCCCUUAUACGCCAACUCCUGGAGAAAAUCCAGUAAUACUUCCUCUUGAACCUGUCCUGCCGUAUGUUCCAGCGUCAAUGCUACCGACUUAUACAUCAAACUUCGAGGAAUGGGAUUCUCCAUGUCCAACAUCAAGCGCGCCUUGCAGCGAGGAAUACUAUCAUUGA